GUAGCCUCCGUCACCGCCUCCGGGGCCGGGAAGCGAUGUAGGUAGGACCCGCCAGACGGUCCCCAGUUCUCCUCGGCCCGAGCCCCGCGGCCUGCCGUCGCCGCCGCCACCGCCGCCGCCAUGAAGAAGCAAUUCAACCGCAUGAAGCAGCUGGCCAACCAGACCGUCGGCAGAGCUGAGAAGACAGAAGUCCUCAGUGAAGAUCUGCUACAGAUUGAACGUCGCCUGGACACUGUGCGUUCAAUGUGCCACCAUUCACAUAAGCGUUUGAUAGCCUGCUUCCAAGGUCAGCAUGGCACUGAUGCCGAGAGGAGACAUAAAAAGCUUCCUCUGACAGCGCUUGCCCAGAGCAUGCAGGAGGCUUCAGCCCAGCUGGAAGAGUCUCUCUUGGGGAAGAUGCUGGAGACCUGUGGGGACGCUGAGAAUCAGCUGGCUCUUGAACUCUCACAGCAUGAAGUCUUUGUGGAGAAGGAGAUCAUGGACCCUCUCUAUGGCAUAGCAGAGGUGGAGAUUCCCAAUAUCCAGAAGCAAAGGAAGCAGCUUGCUAGAUUGGUGUUGGACUGGGAUUCAGUCAGAGCGAGAUGGAACCAGGCACACAAGUCUUCAGGAACCAACUUUCAGGGGCUUCCAUCCAAAAUAGAUACCCUAAAGGAAGAGAUGGAUGAAGCUGGGAACAAAGUUGAGCAGUGCAAGGAUCAACUUGCAGCAGACAUGUACAACUUCAUGGCCAAAGAAGGGGAAUAUGGCAAGUUCUUCGUGACGUUAUUAGAAGCCCAAGCAGAUUACCAUAGAAAAGCUCUAGCAGUCUUAGAAAAGGCCCUUCCCGAAAUGCGCGCCCAUCAAGAUAAGUGGGCAGAGAAGCCAGCCUUUGGUACACCUCUGGAGGAACACCUGAAGAGGAGUGGGCGUGAGAUCGCUCUUCCUAUUGAGGCCUGUGUCAUGUUGUUGCUGGAGACUGGCAUGAAGGAGGAGGGCCUUUUUCGGAUUGGAGCUGGAGCCUCCAAGUUGAAGAAGCUGAAAGCUGCUCUCGACUGCUCCACAUCUCACCUGGAUGAAUUCUAUUCCGAUCCCCAUGCUGUUGCAGGUGCUUUAAAGUCCUACCUGCGGGAGUUGCCUGAGCCCUUAAUGACUUUCAGUCUGUAUGAAGAAUGGACACAAGUUGCAAGUGUGCAGGAUCAAGACAAAAAACUUCAAUAUUUAUGGACAACGUGUCAGAAGUUGCCGCCACAAAAUUUUGUUAACUUUAGGUAUUUAAUCAAGUUCCUUGCAAAGCUUGCCCAGACCAGUGACGUUAAUAAAAUGACUCCUAGCAACAUAGCCAUUGUCCUGGGCCCUAACCUCCUGUGGGCCAAACAAGAAGGAACGCUGGCUGAAAUAGCGGCUGCCACAUCGGUCCACGUGGUUGCCGUGAUUGAGCCCAUCAUCCAGCAUGCAGAUUGGUUCUUCCCUGGAGAGGUAGAAUUCAAUGUAUCAGAAGCAUUUGUGCCACUUGCUACUCCGAAUUCUAAUCACUCAUCUCAUACUGGAAAUGACUCUGACUCGGGAACUUUGGAGAGGAAGCGACCUGCCAGCAUGGCAGUGAUGGAAGGGGACUUGGUGAAGAAGGAGAGCUUUGGUGUGAAGCUAAUGGACUUCCAGGCCCACCGGCGGGGUGGCACUCUAAAUAGAAAGCACAUAGCCCCCGCUUUCCAGCCACCACUCCCGCCCACGGAUGGCAACGCCUUGGCUCCAGCAGGCCCAGAGCCUCCUUCUCAGAGCUCUAGGGCUGACAGCAGCUCAGGGGGUGGGCCUGUCUCCUCUUCUGCAGGCAUAUUGGAGCAGGGGCUGAGCCCAGGUGACAGCAGUCCUCCAAAACCCAAAGACCCUGUGUCUGCAGCUGUCCCUGCAGCAGGAAGAAACAGCAACCAGAUGACCACAGUCCCAAACCAGGCUCAGACAGGUGGCAACUCCCAUCAGCUCUCAGUAGGCACACCUCACAGUGCAGCUGGUCCCAGCCCGCACACUCUGCGUCGGGCUGUGAAGAAACCUGCCCCCGCACCCCCCAAACCAGGAAACCUACCUCCUGGCCACCCUGGAGGACAGAGCUCUCCUGGCACAGGCACAUCCCCAAAGCCAAGCACCCGAAGCCCAUCACCGCCUCAGCAGCAGCAGCAGCAGCAACAGCAGCAGCAGCAACAACAACAACAGCAGCAGACUCCAGGCAUGCGCCGCUGCUCCAGCAGCCUGCCUCCCAUCCAGGCGCCCAGCCACCCACCACCACAGCCCCCCACACAGCCUCGGUUGGGUGAACAGGGACCAGAGCCAGGCCCCACGCCACCUCAAACCCCCACACCACCUAGCACCCCACCCCUGGCCAAGCAGAAUCCAUCGCAAAAUGAGACCACGCAGCUGCACGGAACCCUCCCAAGACCACGGCCGGUGCCUAAGCCCCGCAACCGGCCUAGCGUGCCACCACCCCCGCAUCCACCUGGCACCCACACGGGGGAUGGUGGCCUUACACCCUCAGUGCCCACAGCCUCCAGAAUCGUCACUGACACCAAUUCUAGGGUUUCUGAACCACUUCGCAGCAUCUUUCCUGAAACACAUUCAGACUUGGCAAGCAAAGAAGUGCCUGGCCACAUCCUGCUGGACAUAGACAAUGACACAGAAAGUACUGCAUUGUGAAGAAAGCCACUUGCCAGCCUUUGGCCCUCCAUCCCAGUGAACGGAACUGGGUCAGGCAAGCCUGUCUCUGCAGACCAAACAGUGAGAAGCUUUUAGUGGGGGAAGGAAGGUCUGACCACGAAGGACUAGACUCCCACGGCCCAAGGAGAAGGUGAGGGCCAGUCCUCAAAGCUGAAUGACCUGUGUCGUAAAGAAGUUGGCUUGCUUUAUCUAGGAUGAAAAUCAUGCCAAAAGGGAUCGGGACAAAGAAACACCGACAGCAGAAAGAGUAUUACUGCCGAGCCGUGUAUGGGAAGCUUUUGCCGGUGCCGUCAGCUCCGACAGCUCUGGUUGUGACUGAGAAGAGACUUACCUAUCUAUUUAAUAAAACAUUAAUUAUGCGAGUUGCCUACUUCCUGCUACUUGGACUUUGGUUCUCACAUACCAGAAGGAGCUUCCAUUCCGUCAGACUUCUGCAGACUCAUUUUGUAUUAAAUACAGUCUGUCUCCUCCAACCCCCGGAACCUCGAGCAUUGGCGACUGCUGGCUCUGUCGCCUCAGCAGAAUGGAUGCAAGUCGUGCCUUGUGGAUUGCCAGAAUAUGGAGAGAAAUAUACCGUUCUUUUUUAAAAAAAAACAAAACUAUAAUUGCUACUUGAUAAAGAAUGAAUGUUAUUCUAGUUUCAUGUUUAAUUUGAAUUAAAUAUAUUCUGUGGUUUAUAUGAAAACUUGCUAAUUCUUAGAGGCAAACUCUGGUAUAUAUACAUUUGUGUUUGUGCAUAUAUGUGCAUGUGUGAGCGUGCCUGUGUGUUUGUCUAUAGGAAUUUGAAACAAUAGAGAGAUGCUAGCA